AUGCUCAGAACCUUAGUCCCCGGUGUGGUAUUGCUGUUCGUGGUCUUUUGGGCUGGUACUCAGCUCAACGUACACGGAAACCCCGUUUCUCUCCCUUACACGAGCGAAAGGGCCAACAAAACCGCGCAUUCUGGUCAGAACAUCGGUAUCACCGGAUUUGAGCUGCUGAACUACUUUAAAACCCAAGUUUUGCCCGGAUUGACAUCAAAUAGGCCCCACGGCGUGGCAGUGUCGAGCUUCUACGACUCUUUUGUGGCCUAUUUAUCGCCAGAUGCUGGACACAAAUCGUGCUUUCCUGAGGGCUCUACAGUCAGUAAGUUAAACAGGAAUGUUAACCCAGUGACAAAGGUGCAUUCGCACAACGACUAUUGGCGCGAUUUACCUCUUUUCGAAGCGUUGUGCCAUGGAAUUGCAAGCGUCGAAGCAGAUGUGUGGCUCAUAGACGGCAGUGAGGAACUGGCCGUCGGCCACAACCAAGCGUUUUUGGAUCCCGAACAUAGAACGCUCAAUUCGUUGUACACGAAGCCCCUGCUUAGAAUGCUGAACGAGGUGAAUUGUCUCGAGGAUUUGCAAGAUCACAAAUACGGCGUCUUUUACAACUCUCCAGAAACGACGCUUUAUAUGUAUAUCGAUUUCAAGUCUGAAAACGGCUCACAGACCUAUGCCCACUUGAUCAAUAAUCAUUUGAGACCCUUGAUAGACGCCGGAUACCUGACUAAUUUCAAUUUACAAUCGAAGCAGAUUGAAUGGAAUCCUGUAACCGUGGUCUUGACAGGAGACUAUCCAACAGAUCUGAAAGUUUUGGACGGACAAGAUGAUGAUGGGAUAUUGCACACUAAUCAAAGAUUUGUGUUUUUGGAUGCACCAUUGUAUGACCUUCAGCCACAACACGAACAGCUUUCCGUUGUGGCAUCGGCCUCAAUAUCGCAACUGCUCUCAAAUUGCAGCAAUAGCACAGCUUCACAAAGUAGCAACGGUCUAUCUAAAGACGAAAUCAAUUGCAUAAGGCCAUUUGUUGCAAAGGCACACGCAAUGAAUCUCAAAACGCGAAUUUGGGGAGUUCCAAACUGGCCCAAUAAUUUGAGAAAACAGCUAUGGAGGCAACAAGUAUAUGAACUCGAGGUGGACGUCCUGAAUGUCGACCAUUUAUACGAGGCUUCGCAAGUUUUCUGA